AUGCUAGCAGUUGUAGAAUCUAGUACGGAAAUAACAGGUAAUUAAUUGCAAUCGAACCUUUAGCUUUUUACAUGUACGGUUUAUUCAGGUAUUAUAAUACAUGAAAGAAUUUGAACCAAUGAAUAGAUAAAUCUGUAGUUUAAUUAAGUUUUACUCAGCACUAGUGUGUAACAGAUGAUGGCAACCAGCCUAUUCAUUAUAUGUAGUAGUUUUGUAUCUAGAAGAAAAUAAAGAAAUAUAGUUUACUCAAACCUACCAAUACCUGAUUCUUUGGUUCUAGGUCCACAAAGAGAAGUGAUAUCAAUAUACGAUGAUCAUUUUGCCACCCCGCUAUCCAGACCUGAAUAUUUCAUCGACGUUUAUCGCUGUGUUGAAGUUGAUGUGGGCGAAUGUUAUAGUGGACAGUUUGGGUACCCGGUACCAAAAACAACGGAAGAAAUUGAGAUAGUGGUUCCGGACAUAACAAACAAAGAUCGGGAUUCUAGCAGUAAAAAGAAGUUUUAUAAAUAUGUGGUUUAUAAUCACACAUCUUGUACAUGUGGGACCUUUACGUACAGGGAGAGUACACUGUAUAAAAACAUAACUAAUAACGAAGGUUAGUUCAGCUUACAGUGAGUAAAUUCCAUGCAAUUACCUAAAAUGAACAUGUUCUGUGAUUCACUUUCUUUCGUCCUUCAGAAAAUUUGUUUUGUAGUUUUAUUGUUAUAGUCAACCUUAUCAUAUAAGUUGAUGACAAUAUAACCAGGGGAACAUUGGAACUCUCCUCUCAUCACUGAGUUAAACAUGCUAUACUGAAUAUCAAAGCGGUUAGGGUAUUGUUACUUGAUGCGCUUGAAAACUCGUGUAAAGCCCGUCUUCCACUGGGCGAAUUUGUUCGCGCGAAGCGAUUUUGACGGCAUCGCUCUUGUUGACAGCAUGGGAUAAACCAGCUGCGCGCGAACAAAUUCGCCCAGUGGGAAACGGGCUGUGCUUGGUUUUCUCCAGUACACAUCGAGGGAUAUGCUCCGGGAUUUAAUUCAGGUCCCAGCUGCAAGGAAAGGUGAUUAUUACACUGCAACUUUGGUCUGUAUGAAUUUUCUUGCAGUUUCAGAAGCUGAUUACAAAGCGAACUGCACGAAAAAUCCAGUGAAUCUGAUACGUGUGUGUAAUGUUUGCGACAGCGCUCAGCCAAGAUAUAAACUCCAUCCAAACCAUUUCGACGCUGUAGUAGCAUUUAAAUAUCUGGCGUACCAACAGUGCUUGCCUGGCUGCGUAGUGGUAAAAAACGAGACGUCUAAUAAGCAAACUAGCUUGAUGUCUGGUCGUUCCGUUAGUGUCCCGCGUACAAGUGAUAUUUUAUGCAAGGCUUAUGAUGGAGCUAAAACACAAGGUAAAAAUCGUCCACAGAAGCUCAAAAGCUCAUCCUCAGAAGCUCCAGUUGGAAACUCGAGUGAUCAAGGUAAGAAAUUAAGGGUCUGAUUUCUACUAGACACGAAUGAUCCGUCCCGAUGAUUUUUGGAAAAGAGAAGAUAGUUCGUCUGAUAAUUGAACUCCCAACAAACACACCGAUCACCCGUCAAAACAAUCUUUGCUGCUACCAACCCAGGAAAGAGGCAUAAUAUGCUGGGUUUAUUAGAGAGAGAGAAGCUUAUUAGAGAGGAAACUUAAUAGAGAAGGGAAUUAAUAGAGAAGAGACUCAGAGGAGAGGGGGUUUAUAAGAGAGAGGAAGUAUUAGAGAGGGGCGUAUUAGAUAAGGGACAUAAUUAAUAGAGAGGGGGCUUAUUAGACAGGGAACUUAUUAGAGAGGGAGAUCAUUAGAGAUGGGACCUAUGAGAGGGGGCAUAUUAUAGAGACGGAUUACUAAGAACGAGGCUGUUUAGAGAGGAGGCUUAUUACAGAGGCGAAUUGAUAGAGUGUACGAGGAUUUAGGAAAUAGAGAUUUGACGAAUUAACCGGAAUUAUUAUGUUUCUGUUUAGAACCAAAUUAUGAGAUUCUAGUUUACAUUGCUUCAGGCAAAGUUAUCCUCGCCGCCGUUCUACUGUCAUUGGUGCUAUUUACUAUAUUAAUUAUGGACUUUACACUUUGCCGUCGAAAGAAAGGAUUUCUUUACGCUUUGAUUAGCUGUAAAAGUAAUGACGCGGAUAAUUUUUGUCAACGUUGCAGCGAAAGGAAUAUAAGAAAUGAGAUUACUGUGUAA